UUGGAGUCGCAGGCAGUGCGGAGCGCUUUCGCCUCUGGAGUUACAGCCGCUGCGCCUGUUUUUAUUUCACUUCUUCUUGGGGUUCUUUUUUGUUACUUUUCCGUAUGAAGCUAUGAGUAUUUACAGGUCGCAGCGCUCAUUCAGCCGGCGCUCGCGCUCUCGGUCGAGCUCGCGCAGUGACGUCGCGGUCAGUAACUAUCAUCUGAGCGGGAACGGGUUCGGACCGGAGUCUGUCGAGGACAUGAACUACAACUUCUCCAAGAGCUCCAUGGGGGGAGGACAGGGACCUCCCCAGCACCUUAUCAUCUAUCAAAGAGCUUCUAUUCUCCAAGGCCAAUGCCAAGAGUUCCUCAGUAAAGCAGAGUUUAUAUUACAGACGGAAACAGAUAGAGCUCGGGCUACAGCAGAAGCGGAGCAUUGCGUAAUGUCUGCUGGUGACAUUAUUGAACAUCUCAAAGGUUUUGCUCUGGAGCUUAGGGAAUUGGGCCAGCCCAACGAGAGUGUGCUAAUGACUGUUGAAGAGUGCACAGAGCACCUAAGAGCAGUACACAUGGCUCUGGGCGGCUCUCUGCAAAGAAAUAGCCGAAGCAGCAGAAGCAGCAUGGGCUGGGAUGAGAUGGACAGAAACCUUCAAGAUGCCCUCGCAUGGAUCGCCCAGCAGAAGGGUGUGAUAGAGACAUCGCCAUGGGGAGACGAGCCCAGCGUAAUCGAGCAGCACAUCAUGAAUCACAACAAAUUUCACAGCUCAAUCCAGAGAAGUGUGGAAAUGGAUCGAGCUCGAGGGGAACUAAGAGAGAGAAGAGACAAGGCCAGCCUGCAUUUGCUGGAGCAGGAAUGGGACAGCUUACAGAAAAUGUCAGUUGAACGUGGAGCUCACUUACACGAGCUUCAGAAGAUCAUCGAUGAGAUCACUAGGGAGAUCAUGUGGGUAAACGAGAAAGAAGAGGAGGAACUGAUGUUUGACUGGGGCAACAGAAACAUUGACGUCUACAUCCCUAAGAAGCAGGAGAGCUAUUCCAUGUUGAUGAGUGAUUUGGAGGAGAAAGAGAAACAUUUAAAUAAACUGAAACUGAAAGUGGACAACCUGCUGGCAAGCAAUCACCCUGCAUUAGACAAAAUUGAGGCGUACAUGGAGACUCUUCAGACCCAGUGGAGCUGGCUUCUUCAGAUCACCAAAUGCAUUCAUGUACAUCUAAAGGAGAAUGCUGCUUACAAUCAGUUUUUCAUAGAAGCAAAUGAAACAAAUCGCAGACUACAACAGCAGCAUGAGAUGAUCCGCAAGAAAUUCGCCUGUGACAAAAUGACUCCUCUGCCCAAUUUACAGGAACUGCUUAAAGUUUUAGAGAAAGAGCAGGAUUAUCUGUUGGAGCACAAACAACAGGUCCAGCAAUUGGUCAAUAAAUCCAAGAACAUCGUGAGACUAAGACCAAGAAACCCAGAAGAAAAGAGUACCAGUCCAGUUAAAGUCCAGGCAUUGUGUGACUUCAGACAAGAUCAGAAAGUGAUCUGUAAGGGCGAUAUGGCCAUUCUGAAGGAUAACUCGGAGCGAAGUAAGUGGCUUGUAACUGGGCCCGGAGGGCUGGAUAUGGAGGUGCCUUCCAUCUGCCUGAUAGUUCCUCCACCCAACCCGCUGUCUAUUAGCCUCGCAAGCAAGAAUGAGCAGUAUUACGAGGCCCUUCAGUCAGUCUGGAACCAGCUCUUCAUCAACAUAAAGAGCCUCAUCUCCUGGCAGUACUGCCUGCACGACAUCAGCCGCAUCAACUCCCUCACAAUCACCAUACUGACUCAAAUGCGGCCAGAGCAGUACCGCAGCAUCAUGAAAAGCUUGGAGUUUCACUAUCAGGAGUACCAGAGGAAUUGUUCAGGGUCCGAGAUGUUUGAAGAGGAUGAUAAGAAAGCCAUUGAGAGCCAGUAUAAUGGAGCCCAGCAACACUACGAUAACCUGGUCGAACAGCUUCCAGCCUACAAUAAGGAGGUAGUAACUGGUGUCAGCGUGCUGAGUGAGUUGCAUGCCCUGCAGCUGAAGCUGCAUGCUCUGGAGUCUGCACUCGGUACACACCAGCACAUCCCAAUGGGACAGGGAGCACCAGCACAAUACACCAGUCUUAUCACUGGCACACAGGCAACAAUGAGGGAUGUAGAGUCACUGAGGGGAGAGUUUCAGAGGCUAAAAGGACCGGUGCUAACAGAAUUAGAGGCUACGAGAGACACGGAUAAAGCACAGUUUCUUCAAAGUCAACUCAACCUUAUUAACCAGAGACUUGACAAGCUGCGGUCUCACUCUUCCACUUAUUUACAAAGGUUAAAGGCACUAAAGUCUUUGCAUCAGGUGCUACUACAGGCAGAGGACGUAGUGAAGGUUAAUGAAACUCGACUCACGGAGAGAGAGACCACAUCACUGGAGCCAGCUGAAGUCCAGGAGUACCAGAACACUCUUAGGGUCAUGCGGUCUGAGCUCGAUCAGAAGGAGGGUGUGUUGCAUUCACUAGAGGAUGAAAUGAUCAAGGCUCGUCAGUGCAAUGAGCAGAUUGAUCAGAACUGUCACAGGUGUGAUGUUGACCUGUGUCUGUACAGUGAGCAUGUAAAGCAGCUCUCUGAUCGCUGGAAGCGAAUUCAGACACAGAUUAACAGCAGGUAUUCAGAUCUGGAGACAUACCUGCAGCAGCUAAAGUAUUACCUGAACUCGAGCUCAGCUCUCACCACCUGGAUUAAUGACACCAAAAGGCGUACAGAACCUCAGCUGAGCGCUAAGACAGAUGACAUCACCCUCGUCAACAAACUCCUUACCCAACAAAAGGCACUGAAUUCUGAGAUAACAGCAAAGAGAGAGACCAUGGAUGCUGUCCAGAGAGACGGUGACACCUGCGUUAAUACCAUCAAGGACUAUGAGCUUGGAUUGGCAUCUUACAGUGCCGGGCUAGAAACUCUACUCAACAUUCCUAUAAAAAAAUCCAUGCUGCAGUCUCCAGCUACAGUUGUGAUAGAGGAGGUUUCUUCUUUGCAUAGCCGCUAUUCAGAGCUGCUUACUCGUUCGAGUGAUUAUUGCAAAUUUCUUGGAGACUCAUUAAAGAACUUGGAAGAGCUCAAGAUACGGAACACCAAGAUAGAUAUGCUUGAGGAGGAGCUACGCCUUCUGAGAGCAGACAUAGAAGACCGCAAUGCUAAGAAUGUGUCGCUGCAAGAGGCACUCUCGCGCUACCAGCUAAAGCUGAACGAAUCUCAGGAGCACCUCCUUUCCCUGGAGGAGGUGAAGAGAAACCAGGCUCUAAAGUGCACCACAGUACAGGCGAAUCUUAGCUCCUCGCAGAACCGCCUACAAGAGCUCACGGAUGAGGUACGGCGUCUCAAAAUGCUUGUGGAGGAGGAGAAACGAAACCGGAAGAUCGUGGAGGAACGGUAUAGCAGUCAGCAGGAUGAUCACGAGGGGGCCAUGCGGAAAAGACUGAAGGAGUUAGAGGGGGCCAAUUGGGCCAAAAUCGAACUCGAGCAAGCCGUGUCGGAACGGACGCGGGAGCUCGAGCAUGUGCGGAGGCAGUUGGAGGAGGAGACGAAGAACCUGAAACAGACACAGAUGGAGCUGGCUAAGGUAAGACAGCAGCACAGUACAGAGAUGAGGGAGGUCAAACAGACCUACGAGUCGCAAAUCCUGGUAACACAAACAAACAUACAGAUGCUCUCAAAGCAGCGGAAGGAUGACUCCGUGUCCAUGCAGAUGGAGUGCAGCAGGGUAGAGGGGGAAUGCAAGAAGUUGCAGGAGGAGUUAAGGAAGGUGCAGCAUGCCUUCAGUGAAGAACAAGCGCAAAGAAGACAUGCAGAGGUAAUGCUGCAGCAACAAGUCCAAGCAGGCACAGAGGAAGCCAGAAAAAGGAGUGAAUUGGAGGCUCAGAUUCAACAGAUUCUUAGUCAGCAGAGUGCAGAAGAGAGUAGAUGGAAAGGAGUGCAAGCGCAGUCCACAAAGUCUCUGCAGGAAAAAAACACUCAGAUCUCCAACCUCCGACAGUCACUUGAUGACGACAUGCACAAGCGGAGAGCACUGGAGGCAGAGAACGGCCAUCUGCAAAAGGAGCUAGCAGACCUACAUGCUAAACAUACAACUUCUAGUCAGGAACUAAUCAAACUCCGAUCUUCACACCAAGAGCUAAGCAUCCUUCGUGUGGAGUUGGAAAGCCAGGGCAAUGAGCGAAACCGGGCAGAACUGAAGAUGGCACACCUUCAGGUGAGGGUCCAAGAGCUCCAGGAGGAGCUGAAAGAACUGGACGGGCAGAUGAAUCAGCAAAUAAAAGUAGCCCAAGAUGAGGCAGCCAAGCGCAGGAAGACGGAAGCUCAGCUUGAGAAGACAAACCAGGCUAUGCGAGAGUACACCUCCACCAUCACCGCUUUACGAAAGAGUCAGGAAGAAGCUAGCAUGGAAGCCAGAAGAUCGGAAGAAGAACGCAAAAAGCUCCAGGAGGCUCUUGAGCGUAACCUAAAAGAGCACUGUACCACCACUCAGCAUCAAGCUACACUGGAAGCUGAAAUGAAAACUUUAAGACUUCAGCUGGUGCAGGAGCAAGGUCGGGUCUCUGAGGCCAAUCAGCGCUUUCAAGUCUUGCACCGGAGCAUGGAAGAGAAAACCAAAACUCUUAACGAGACCAUUUCUGAGACCAAGCGCUUAAAGGAGCUCACCGAGUCACUCACCAAAGAGCGCCUCGGCCUGGAGGAGGAGCUACGAGCUGUGCGUCUGGAGCACAACACACUGCUGCAAGGCAAGCAAAGCGAGGAUGACCAGAUGAGCACCCAGAUUGCAGCGCUUCAGCAACAGCUUCAAAACAGCCAGCAUACCCGUGUAGAGCACGACAAACUUAUCCAACAGCUCUCGCAGGAGAGAGAGAAGCUUCUGUUGGAGAUGCAGAAUAUCCUAAAACAAGCCAGUGAGACAUCAAGCUUGAUCCAGUCUUCCCAGUCUCGGUGCACGGAAUUACAACAAGAACGAGAUUCCCUCCUCAGGAAGAUUAAAACUCUAGAAGAAAAUACAUCCCGUAUGCAGAAAACUGAGGAAGAACGUAUAAACAUCAAAAUGUCACUCGAGACAGAACUGCGACUUAAAAAACAGUUUCAGGAAGAGAACGAGAGGCUCAGGAAUGAGCUCGGCAUCUGGAAAAAACAAGGUCAGAGCCAAGAUGAUCGUGUGCAGCAGAACGUCACAGCGCGUUUGGCGCUAGAAGGGGAAUGUACUUCGCUGAGAAGUCGUAUGGAGCAGCUUCAGGCCCAACUGAAAGAAGUCGAAGAGCGGUACAAGCUCCAGAUCAGGGGAUUGGAGCAGGAGCGAAGAGACUUGGUUAAUCUCAGAGAUUCUUUGCAGGAAGAGGUUCUAAAAGUAAAGCAGAAAGCGAACGCAGUAAACAGGUACACGCAGACGGAUUCUCUUGGCACGACUAUCGAUCCAGCUUCUCUGUUGUUCGAUGGUGUCCGCAAAAAAGUCACAGCCCAACAGUUACAUGACUGUGGUAUUAUUGACAAAAAAACACUAGAGCACUUGACAACAGGCCAGCAGACUGUCCAGGAUGUAGCUGUUGAUAUCAAACUAAAUCUCAAGGGCACAGGAGCCAUUGCAGGUCUAGCGGGACCCACUGGAAAGUGGACAGUCACAGAGGCCAAGAGAGAUAAGCUGAUCUCAAAGGACAGUGCAGUGAAACUACUAGAGGCUCAAGCAGCAACGGGACAUAUACUUGAUCCCAGAGCAAAUUUAAGGAUGACCGUGGAAGAGGCGUGUUUGAAUGGACUUGUAGAUGAAGAGGAUAAAAAACAGCUGUUGAUUGCGGAGGCCGCCUGCGUUGGGUUUCGAGAUUUAAUUUCAAAUAAAUUUCUGUCAGCCUGUCAAGCUAUGAGAAAAGGAAUUAUCGAUCAAGAUACAGCUCUGCGUCUGCUGCAGGCCCAGGAGGCUGCGGGAGGGAUUCUUGAUCCUGUGCUUAGUGUGUACCUCCCCAAGGAUACUGCCAGGGAUCGUAAUGUGAUUGAUGAAAAUCUUUAUCAUGCCCUGAACGCGAAACCAAACUGCUUUAUAGACCCUGCGACAAAGUCGAAUACUAGCUAUGUUGGCCUGAAGAGGCAGUGCAAAGCCGACCCAAACACAGGCUUGCUCAUGCUACCAGCCCCGGCAGCACCAUUGACUGUACAAGGUUUACGAAGAAAGAUCCCUGUGUCAGAUCUGGUAGACGGCAACCUGUUAAAGCCUUCAGACAUUGAUCAGCUAAUAGAAGGCAAACUGACUAGCCAAGACAUUGAGCACAGGCUUCGAGCCUAUCUGCAGGGAUCUACCUGCAUCGCUGGAGUCUACGAUGAAGCCGACAAGCGCGUUCUAUCUGUCUACCAAGCAAUGAAAGAAGGUCUUCUUCGGCCAGGCACCACACUGGAGCUUCUGGAGGCUCAGGCAGCGUCAGGCUUCAUAAUUGACCCUAUCAACAACAAGUACUGCACAGUGGACGAAGCUUGUAAGAAAGGUCUGAUCGGUGUGGAGUUUAAAGAUAAGCUUCUUUCAGCUGAAAGAGCCGUCAAUGGAUAUAAAGAUCCUGGUAGUGGAAAGAUUAUCUCCCUUUUCCAGGCUAUUGAGAAAGGACUGAUUGAAAAAGGCCAUGGUAUUCGCCUACUGGAGGCUCAGAUAGCCAGUGGUGGCAUUAUUGAUCCCAAACACAGUCACAGAAUUGAUGUGGAUGUUGCUUAUAAGAAAGGAUACUUCGAUGAAGAGAUGAGUCAGAUUCUAAAAGACGAAGGCGAUGAUACAAAGGGAUUUUUCGAUCCUAACACUCAGGAUAAUCUCACCUAUCUGCAGUUAAAGAGUCGUUGCAUUACAGAUGAUAAAACUGGCCUCGUGCUUCUGCCACUUUAUGAUAAAAACAAGAUAUCAACACAGAAGAACACUACAAGGAAGACACGAGUUGUCAUUGUAGAUCCGGACACCAAUAAGGAGAUGACGGUACAUGAAGCGUAUCAGAAGCGGAUGAUUGACUAUGAAACUUACGUGGAGCUUUCCAAGCAGGAGAGUGAGUGGGAGGAGAUAACUGUCACUUCCUCAGAUGGUACCAGUAAACUGGUCAUUAGUGAUAGGAAGACGGGUCUUCAGUACGAUUUGAAAGAACUGCUUGAUAAGGGUGUAAUCGGCGAGGACGACUUGCAGGAGUAUCGCUCUGGAAAUAUUACUCUUGUACAGUUUGUUGACAUCAUCACCAGUAAAACCAUAGCAAUGAACAAGCCUCUCAGCUCAUCCUCAUCCUUGGGGUCAUCCCAGAUAGUCAAAAGUGAAGUCAUGACAUCAAUUGAAAGUCAAUCUCCCACCUCACCAAACACUUUGAAGCGCAUUGCCAGCAUGUCAAUUACUCUGACCUCACCCGGUCACGAGGUUAUGGAUGAACAGAGUCCGGUUGGAGCCAUCUUUGACACCGAAAAGUCUGAAAAGCUCAGUUUAUAUGAAGCAAUGAAGCGUGGCCUUGUAGAUUUCAUCACAGCACAAAGACUGCUAGAGGCACAAGCCUGCACUGGUGGGAUUGUAGACCCAGAAAAUGGUCGCCGCAUCUCCAUUCAAGAAGCUCGUCGCAAGGGCAUAAUUGACGAGGACAUGGCGAAUCGACUCAAACCUGCACAGAAGGCUUACAGUGGCUUUGAAGAUGUAAAGACCGGUAAGAAGUUGUCAGCAGCUGAGGCAGUGAAAGAAAAAUGGCUGCCGUUUGAGGCUGGACAGCGUUUCCUCGAGUUCCAAUUUUUAACAGGGGGCCUUUUCGAUCCAGAGCAUGGCCGUAGACGGACAGUGGACGAAGCUUUACACUUGGGAUGGUUGGAUAGAAGAGUGUCUCAGAAGCUCCUGGACACUCGUCAUCACCCCAAGAUGAUAAGCUGCCCGAAGACGAAGUUGAGGAUCACGUACAAGGAGGCUAUGGAUGCCUGUAUGGUGGAAGAUAAAACGGGAAUACGCAUGCUUCCAGCAACCUCUGCCUCAUCACAUGGAAUCAGCCCUUAUUCAAACCCAAGCUCUGCUCCAGUCUCUCACUCUGGACCUCGGAGAGGCAGCAUCGACCAAACUUAUUCCAACUCGUCCACCACUAGAUACACCAGUUAUAGCUACAGUAGCACCUCCUUCAGCAGCAGGUCUUUAUCGUAGAUUUGGAGAGUAAGUUUGAUGAAAAUAUACAAAAAAAAUGGUAUUAAAUUUAGAAAAGCAUAAAUACAUGGACAGCUAAAUGACCUGUGACCUGAUAGCUAAGUGUUAAAUUUUAAACAGAUUUAAUGUUGAAGACACUAAGUUCUUAUUUUUGCUUACAAAAGUAUUUUAAAUGUUGACUUUUUUAUACCAAGUGCCUUCUUUUGCACAUCAUGAUGAGAUGUGAAAAUGUGGGUUUAAGGUUGAUUGAAUGUCAUACAAACUUUUAUUUGUUGGAUUGGUGUUGGGGAAUUACUUGUUCACAAGAAUGUGAUGAUAAAUGUUUAAUAAUGACUAACUGAUUCCACUUAAACUAUUAAUUUCAUACACUGUUAGUUUUCUCUUUAAACAUUUCUUUAAGCAUUUCUCCAGUGUCCAGUAUCUUUUUAACAAAGUUGUUAACUAAUUUUAUGCCCUAAAAUAAAAGUUCAUUUUCAUAAAUUC